UCCAAGCUUUGUCUAACCCUCAAAUAGGAAGUCCAGCCUACGUAUGUUUGCUCUGAGGUUCGCCAGCUUGACCAAACAGUGUACUGGUUAGCUCUAAGGGACGGGACGGGAAGUAGAAAACACGCUCUUGCUUUUCCGCCAAGUGAAUUUAAUAUUGUUCAUCACGCGAGUUAAAAUAUAGGUAUGCUGUAGGGGCCUUAUUCAGAGACGCCUCGCUCUCUCACACACGACUAUUUUUCAAAGGCCACAGUGAUACCUAGUCGGGUUCUCAAGAGUGCUUCUCCUUUUAAUAGUGUAGAAAUUUUUGUUGAUAUUUCACUAUAAUCUUUAAAAAAAACACCCUAAAAAAAGAAAAAGAAAGAAAAAAAAACCCGUAUUAUUUCAAUCAGAUCCAUUUGAAAGUUGUUGAGGUGCGGGUAGAAGUGUUUCGGAAUAUGGUCCUUGCGCUGACGAACCUCACGCGCCGCCUUUUCAGCUCCUCCUGUGGCAGUGGUUUGCGGCAGCGUGGAUGGUGGUGGUGGUGGCGGCGCUGACGGCGACUGACAGCUUGGAGUGUGAGGACGUCACCAUUUGGGCAGAGACAACCAAGUUUCGUAAGGUUCCUGUUACUCUACACAGACAGUGGAUGACCUAUUACUCCACGAACCAGUACCUGACAGAGUUCGUCGUCUACACCAAGUCCAUCCCUUACUUCGUGACGCAGACCCAAGUGAUGCCGAGUUUCGUGACGAAGGUGGCCACACUGCCCCAGCACGUGACCCACAGCGUGUACAGCACCUACGUUCACACAGACACGUACUCGAAGAAGGCCUACUACACAGUGACGGUGGAGGUGACGCAGACCUCCACGGAGACAGUGUGCCCGGUGGACGUGACCGACGACUACCACCACUGAGAGGGAGGAAGGUAGACAGGCAGAUAGAUAGGGAGAUCGAUAGAGGUAGGUA